UCUGUGCGAGCGAACGGGAGAGCCGUAUUUACGUGUACCAGAUAUUCUCACUCUGAAUAAACUGUCGCUUGUAUAGUACAAUUUUAACACCUUGUCUGAAUCGAUCCUUGACCGGCUCCCUCAUCUACAUAACAUUUUAUCAACACUAGCUAACUCAUUUAAAUGUAUAUCUGGAUGAGGGAUAACGUUAGCUAACUGGCCUAGCUGACCAGACAGCUAUAGACAACUUUCACCGACUAUCAAGCUGACCAAAACCACAGGUAGAAAAAUAACGUUACUGACCGUGAGGCUAAGGCUUCUUUUGGUAUUUUACUCGUAUUGUAUUUCGUGCAAGUUAGUCUACAGUUAGCUAGAUACCGUUACGUAAACAGUUUUAUAUUGUUUCCGGGUGUACCAUUUGAUUGUGACGACGCCUGUGUGGUGUAACAUUGUAAACAUUCCUCUCGUCCAUUGUUGUCAAAAUAUUAUUUGUAGCUAGCAAGCUACUGAAACGUCCACGGCGAGUAAUUAACAAUCACAGGUAAAUUAUAUUACUUUGAGUUAUGUUCUAUUCUGUGUAAUACCUUUUCAGAUAAUAUAAUUUUGCUGUCUUUAAAAAAAACAACAACGUUUAAAUCUCCCACUUAACGUUGUCCACCUUGCUAACUAGUUAUGUUGCAGUGAAGCUACUGGAAAUUUGACUCUAAUAAUUAGCUAGCAAUGAUUUUGGGGUAAUAUAUGCCUUUGUGAUCCAGUAGUCCAUUUAUUUGACUGCUCUCACCAUAGGCACCUGCAAUCAAUAUGAAUGUAGUUGAGUUCCUGGUGUCCCUGCUGGAUGUGCAUAAACAACAGCUGAAAGCGCUGACUAGACAGGGGGAGAUCCAGGAAAAGGUCCUCAGCCAGCUGGUCAAGGAUGGUUUAACCAAAACCCUUGACCGGUCUUCACCGCAGGAUGAAGAGGAACAGAGAAGGCCUGGGAUGACAACAGGGAGAGAUAAAGACCCAGAGGACUGGGUUGCUAGGCUGACUGGGCUGCUGCAAGAGGAGACACAGAAGAAGAGUCAACCGAUCAGACCCCAGGGGUUGACUAAUGCCUCCCAGACCACGGUACAGGGACAGAUGUGGACUGUGGAGGACAAGAGCAGGCAGGACUUCCUGUCCUUGAGGUACGACACCCAGAAGGGAGCCAGAGAGCUGGGGCAGAGGCUUGACUCGGCUGCUAAGCACUGGCUUAGGCCUGACCUAAGGACUGCUGCACAAGUAGAGCAGUGUGUUGCUAUGGAGCAGUUUCUGUCCCUAUUGCCAAAGGAGGCUGGUGCCUGGGUGCAGAAGCAGCAGCCCAGGGAUAUGGAGGAAGCAAUCAGCAUGGCUGAGCAGCGGCUUGGGUCUGGGGUCUUCACCGUCUCCUCGCCUGCCCCUACACAGACAGACACAGCACAGAGCUCAACAGAGGCACAUGAACAAGGGAGUGUCAAGAUGCAGAGCACCAGUAAUCAGCCAGAUGCUUUGACCAAGUCAUUUCUCAACCAGCUGGAGACAGUUAAACUGGAGUCUGUCCAUUUCAGCCUUGAGAUUCCUGACGUGGGGAUGACCAGCUAUCAGGAGGAGCAGGAUGAGCAUAAGAGGGUCCCAGAGGAAGGGUCCAUCUUUGUGUGUAAGCAGGAAGUGGAAGAUCCUGACUGGCAUCAGGAGAGUGCUCCUCCAGAGCCCAUCCAAAUGUCUGUGAGAACAACAGAACAUGAAAGCAUGUCUGUGGACACACCUUACAUCUUCCUUCCCAGAAACAACCCUCUCUCCUCCACCAUAUACACGCAUCCAACACCCACAGUGUCCAGUCAGAUCCCCUCCCCACAGUCACCCCCACCCCUAGCUCCUGACGCCUAUCAUCCACAUGUCCAGGACAGCCCAGUGAUAGCCGGACUGCGGAGUAAUGCUUCUAGUGACGAGACUGAGCUUACUGCCAGGUACACAAGGCUAAUCUCUGAAGAUGGACAGUUGACCUGGGGGGCCCUCUCGGGUGUUCCUUCACCCUCCUUCCACACUCGCCAGUUAUCACCCUCGCCCUCCCAUCAGUGCCCAGACUGUGGCUGCUGCUUCGCCCAGCAGAGGAACCUGGAGGAGCACAGGAAUAUUCACACGGGAGCGAGGCCCUUCGUCUGUGGGGUGUGUGGGAAGGCCUUCUGCCACCGCCGCACCCUCAACAAACACACACGCAUCCACUCCUGGGAGAGACCCUUUCAAUGUACUGACUGUGGACAGACCUUCAAACUCAAAGACAACAUGAAGAGGCACCAGGUUUCCCACAGCAAGCCAGGGCCAGGGGCACGUCACCUCUCUCACUCACGCUGAUACUCUAACUAUCAGCACUUCACCUGGCUGGGAGGAGGCCUGGUGAGAAUUGACACACAACAAGGACUUGAAGUAGGACUGGUCAGGUGGCUUUCUCUGUAAAUGUCCUACAUAGGCAGAUGUAUUUGUGAGAAAACUACCAGUGUUUUCUGUUGGCGUGUUCCAUAAACAGAGGACACUGCUUUGGGUUUCACAGGUGAACUGGUUGGUGGAACAUCGCUCCCAUGUUUCCAUAUAAACAAGCUCAAAUUAAUUGUUCUUUAUUCAUUUUUUUUGUAGAUACCCUUGAUCCAAGAUAGAGGUAUUUCAUGCAUUUUGAUAUUGUGAUAGUUAAUCUUUAAUUAUUUGUUAUUAUUAUCAUGGUAGUACUUAUUUUCAGAACAGAGAUCAGAAAACAUUGUGUGACAGUGUACUGUAUUUAUUUUUAGAAUCAAUAUGUUUUAUGCAUGAUGUAUGUACAGUACCAGUCAAAAGCUUGGACACCUUCA